GAAGGACGGUCUGAAAUCUGGUCUCCAAUCGAAGUAAUCGUUCCAUGACUAGCGCAUUUGUGCUGCCCGAAUUAUGAAAAGUGAAUUUGAGUGUAUCUCGUAUCGCAAGUUCUGGCACUGGACAUCAGUACCGGCGCCUAAGUGGGCAUGAGAUAUCACAGGCCUCCCUACACAUAGUACAGAGUUCACCGGGGUGCCGGUCUAAUUGAGUUACACGACUACAUGUAGUGUCUCAUCAUUUCAGGGUGCAGUCUGCACAGAACGAGAAUUAAACGCGUACUGGCACUGUAAGUGAAAACAGUUGUAAACCUCCACCAUGGUAUGGAAACUAGCGGUCACCGUACUUCUUUUGGGGCUGGGUAUCGCCUACAUGAGCGGUCUCUUCAGAUCGCCGCCUGAUCCACCAGAGGUUGGUGACGGAUGGUGGGGACGAGGUGACAAGCCUAAGAAGGAAGAAGACACGUCUGUUAAGAGAUUCAACAUUCGUUUCCCAGACGCGGAUCUAGCUGAUCUAAAAGAGCGCCUCAGGAGAACUCGAUGGUUUGAGAGUGUCGAAGGUACCAAGUUUCAUUUUGGUAUCAAGCCCGAGUACAUGAAGAAAAUAGUGGACUACUGGCUAAACAAAUACGACUGGCGCAAAAAAGAGCAAGAGCUGAACCAGUAUCAAAGUUACAAGACAAAAAUCGAGGGAAUCGACAUCCACUUCGUGCGAGCUGUGCCGAGACUGAAAGUGGGACAGAAGGCUAAGCCCAUUCUAAUGGUCCACGGCUGGCCGAGUUCCUUCUACGAGUUCUAUAAGAUAAUUCCCAUGCUGAUCGACCCUACCCGUCAUGGAGGGACUGAGGAUGAUAUCUUCGAGGUCAUCGUUCCUUCUUUGCCUGGUUAUGGCUUCUCAGAGGCUGCUCACAAACAAGGUAUGGGCCGUUUCCAAUCAACAGCUCGCUGGCGCAAAAAAGAGCAAGAGCUGAACCAGUAUCAAAGUUACAAGACAAAAAUCGAGGGAAUCGACAUCCACUUCGUGCGAGCCGUGCCGAGACUGAACGUGGGACAGAAGGCUAAGCCCAUUCUAAUGGUCCACGGCUGGCCGAGUUCCUUCUACGAGUUCUACAAGAUAAUUCCCAUGCUGAUCGACCCUACCCGUCAUGGAGGGACCGAGGAUGAUAUCUUCGAGGUCAUUGUUCCUUCUUUGCCUGGUUAUGGCUUCUCAGAGGCUGCUCACAAACAAGGAUUCGACAGCUACUACGUCCAGGGUGGUGACUGGGGCGCCAAGGUGACAGACCAAAUGGCAGGCAUGUUCCCAAAUCACGUCCGCGGCAUCCAUGUGAACAUGAUACUCGUCCAGCCGCCUGUGAGUCAAAUUAUCUUGGGCAGCCUGUUCCCGUCCCUGGUGCUGGAGAACAAAGGCUACGCCAGGUCGCUGCCGAGCUGGGAGUCGCUGAAAUUUUGGCUGAUGGAGACAGGGUACUUGCAUAUACAAGCCACUAAGCCGGACACAGUCGGUCACGCUCUGACCGACUCUCCAGUCGGACUGGCCGCCUACAUCAUCGAAAAAUUCUCGUCCUGGACAAAUUACGACUGGCUUGACUUGGAUGACGGCGGGCUCGAUGCUUAUUGGUCCAAAGACGACCUGUUAACCAAUGUCAUGAUUUAUUGGGUAUCUGAGUGCAUUACGUCUUCUAUGCGCUUGUACAAAGAGAACUUGCCAGUUUCCAGAUCGUUGAGCAAUUUCUUAAACACUGUGCCCGCCGGUUUGGCGGAUCUGCCAAACGACUUGUCGCGAGCGCAGAAGAACUGGGCGACCCAGCACUACACAGACAUUGUCUCCUACACAACUUACUCAACGGGCGGCCACUUCGCUGCCUUCGAGGUGCCAGACCAACUCGCCAAGGACUUGCGACAAUUCGUGCAAAAGGUGGAACAGCGUCUGCUCAAUAAUUUAACAUAAUCUGUGAUAUGGAUGAUAGGCAAAGUCUUUGUCAUGGGCAUACUAGGAAAGCGGGAUCAUAUCCAGUAUGUGCUACCAUCUUCCACAUCUACCAUCUUCCUCUACUUAAAAAACCGUUGUAAUGGAUGACCAGUUGUGGGUUUUUGUUCUUUCUUCCAUAUUCCUUUCUCUGGCUCUUCCCACUUUACUUCCUCUACUGUUAAUUUGACUUGAGUGGAGACUAUCCACUCUUUGACUUGAAGCAAGACUACACUUUCUUAGUUAAGAAAAGGGAACAGUAGACUUAAAUUUUUAUGAACCAUUAUGUUUAUUGUGAUAAGGAAUAUUUCUUAAUAAAGCAAUUGUAGUCAUAGUGUUGCUCAGAUUGUAUUUGGUUAAUUUUUGUACUUUGCACGACUACAUGUUACCCUUUAAAAGCUCUCAGCCCAUGCGGUUGCUAGGCAUACAAGGCAAUGCCUGCCAUAUCUUUACGAGUAAAUGUGCUGUUUUCCUUUGCCCACUUUUCAGGACAAUUUUACUGAAUAAUCAGAUGAUCAUCUCUCAUGUGCCCUUUAUUGUGUCAGGCUAUAGAUUAUUAAGGUGGAAGCCGUUGUGGAAGAGAUCUUUCAUGAGAAAUUUAGGGAGCACUGCAAGGAAACGCACAAGGUAUGCAGCCCAUGUUUACACUGAUGGCACACACAGUGUGGUCAUGUGCAGUGUGUGUGCAUGAUGAGCAGUACAAGUUCUUUGGUGUAUUGUUUGUGUUCUAGAACUAGUGAUCUAGUAUGAUUAGUGGAUGAUUUUCAAAAUUAAAUAAAUCCUGGAUUAUUUGGGUAAUUUAUUUUCUGCAAGUUAAACGGGUUUAAUUACACAACUGUAUACCCUGUAAUCAGCGUCAUAAUUUUGUGAGGGUUACAUGGAUCGAUGGCUUUAUCGUGCAUUUCAGGGGCGGAAUGGGUGUUUGUAGUCUGUGAAAGUGUGUGUGUUGGUCAGUCAGUGCGCAAGGCUGGCCAGUGUGUUCGUAGUUCCAUCUUUGGGUGCUUGAUGCAGCCAUCCCUGCUUGUGUUUCUUAGGGUUCUCAUCCCUUGUUUAAUGGUGUAAUAUUUAAUUAAGCAUCUGCUUUAGACAUGUGUGCGUAUUAUUUUUUGUAAGUCAUAUUUGUUCACAAAUUCAAAAUGUAGAAAUGGAACUUAAGAGUGCCUACCAUAUCUUUACAGGUGGCCUCCGGGCCCAAACUUGAAUAAAUAUAAGGAGCCAGAGAGAGGAUAAGUGACCCCCCUGUCCUUUCCUGGGCUCAUACAUGUACGUUUACAUGCGAUAUAACUAGGACCUGCGUGCCAUCAUAGUCACCCCCCGUCCCGAGGCAACGCCCCCGGAAGAGAGUCCCGGGGCAACAGCCCCCAUGAAAUGAAAAUUUUGUAAUAAAUUUCACUAAACCCGUGAAAUCGGAACUCAGGUUUCAAUUAACCUGAUUUCAAAUUUUUGUUUAGCCAACUUUAACCCAUAUUUUAGAGCUUUAUCGGUUUUUAUGCUAAUGCAUAUUUACAUAUUCUGGAGUAGAACUAUAUCAUUCAAGGCACUAAAUUUCAAUAUUGCACCGGUCUGUGCACUAGAAAUUUCUAGAUUUUUUUGAACACUAUAAUGGUAUAGAUUUCAUUGUCUUUGGCAAUUUAUUGCUUUGUAUGUACAUGGCAAUAAGCCAGGUAGCAUCCUUUUCACAGAAAUGUUUUUCAGUUUGCAAAUUUGGAGUUCAUAAUUUGAGUAUGAAAAUAAACAGUCUCAAUUAUAGAGUUUGAUUUCAGUGAGAA